AUGGUAAAUUGGCUUGUCAAAUCCUUCUGGCAUUCCGAGUCCUUCCAUCCGACAAGAAAAAAAUUUCCCGACAACAGGAAAAAAAUUUCCCGACAACUGGAAAAAUUUUUCCUGUUGUUCGUCCGUAAACCAUUCAAAUUUUCGAAAAUUGAGAACUUUUUGGUCGAACGACAGAAAAAGUUUUUCCUUCCAACAGAAAAAGUUUUUCCUUCCGACAGAAAAAGUUCUUCCAUCCGACAGAAAAAGUUCUUCCAUCCGACAGGACACAAACGGAUGACUGACGUUCCUCUUCCUGAAUGUCUUCCAAAGCCAGAAGAACCGAAAGCUGCAGAACCACAACAGACUAAGACUAAAACACUUACAUUUUUACGCUUGACUUUUUACAAUUUGAACUUUGUUUGCGUAGAUAUGAAUUCUGAAAGAAGUAUGAGGGUCUUGUAUGACUUUGUACUUCUCCCAUAG